CCCGCGAGAGGCUGUGCGCGGGGGGGCUCGCGCGCUGCUCCCUCAGCGCCUCAGGGGGAGGCGGCGGCGGCGGCGGCUUCGUCCUCACCCCCCUCUCCUCCUCCUCCUCCUUUUUCCUCCUUCUUCUUCUCCUCCUCCGGCCCCCGGCCCACCCGGCAUGGCCCCGGCAGGGCCCCGGCGUGGCCCCAGAUAGCGGGGCUCCGGCCUCCUAUCUCCACCGGGCCCAGCCGGGCCCCACCGAUCCCGCAAGGAUACCCGUGAUCUCUCCUAUGUGGAAAGAACUCUAGCAGAAAGGUGAAAAAAUGGGUGUUAAAACAUUCACUCAUAAUUCCCCUGCUCACAGUCAGGAGAUGCUGGGGAAGCUCAACAUGCUCCGCAACGACGGACACUUCUGCGACAUUACCAUCCGCGUCCAGGACAAAAUCUUCAGGGCUCACAAGGUGGUUCUGGCAGCCUGCAGCGACUUCUUCCGCUCCAAACUCGUCGGCCAAGCAGAAGAUGAGAGCAAGAGUGUCUUGGACCUGCACCACGUGACAGUGACAGGAUUUAUACCUCUGCUGGAGUACGCUUACACCGCCACGCUCUCCAUCAACACCGAGAACAUCAUCGACGUCCUGGCUGCCGCCAGCUACAUGCAGAUGUUCAGCGUGGCGAGCACCUGCUCGGAGUUCAUGAAAUCCAGCAUUUUGUGGAACACGCCCAACAGCCAGCAGGAGAAGGUGCUGGAUGCCGGGCAGGAGAACAGCACCAACUGCAAUUUCACCUCUCGGGAUGGCAGCCUCUCCCCGGUGUCUUCCGAGUGCAGUGUGGUGGAAAGAACCAUUCCCGUCUGCCGGGAGUCGCGGCGGAAGCGUAAGAGCUACAUCGUGAUGUCUCCCGAGAGCCCCCUCAAAUGUAACACACAAACGAGCUCCCCCCAAGUGUUGAACCCUUCAGCUUCUUACCCUGAGUCCAGAAAUCAGCCCGUGGACUCCUCCUUAGCUUUUCCCUGGACUUUUCCCUUCGGAAUCGAUCGGAGGCUUCAAUCGGAGAAGGCGAAGCAGGCGGAGAACUCUAGGACUUUGGAAAUGCCUGGGCCCUCUGAGUCCAACAGGAGGCUUGCUGAGUACGUGGCGUGUGAGAGCACCAAAGCCAGCUCCCCCCUGGUGAUCGAAGAGGAUGUCCGUGUCAAAGUGGAGAGGUUGAGCGACGAGGAGGUUCACGAGGAAGUCUCGCAGCCCGUGAGCGCCUCCCAGAGCUCCCUGAGUGAUCAGCAGACGGUCCCGGGAAGCGAGCAAGUGCAGGAGGAUCUCCUGAUCAGCCCACAGUCUUCCUCCAUAGGCUCAAUAGAUGAGGGGGUUACAGAGGGAUUGCCCACACUCCAAAGCACCUCUGGCACUAACGCUCACGCAGACGAUGAUGAUCGUUUGGAGAACGUUCAGUAUCCCUACCAACUCUACAUUGCUCCUUCUACCAGCAGCACAGAGAGACCCAGCCCCAAUGGUCCAGACAGACCUUUCCAGUGCCCAACCUGUGGGGUCCGCUUCACCCGCAUUCAGAACUUAAAACAACACAUGCUUAUCCACUCAGGCAUUAAACCCUUUCAGUGCGACCGCUGCGGGAAAAAGUUCACCCGGGCUUACUCCCUCAAGAUGCAUCGCCUGAAGCAUGAAGGUAAACGCUGUUUCCGCUGCCAGAUCUGUAGUGCCACUUUCACUUCCUUCGGGGAAUACAAACACCACAUGCGGGUUUCCCGGCACAUUAUCCGCAAGCCGCGGAUUUACGAGUGCAAAACCUGCGGCGCCAUGUUCACCAACUCUGGGAAUUUAAUCGUGCACCUGAGGAGCUUGAACCAUGAAGCGUCAGAGCUAGCAAACUACUUCCAGAGCAGUGACUUCCUAGUACCGGACUACUUAAACCAGGAACAAGAAGAGACCCUCGGGCAGUAUGAGCUAGGGGAGCAUGGCUUUGAAAGCAACUCUUCUGUCCAAAUGCCUGUCAUUUCACAGGUGUCUUCAACUCAGAAUUGUGAAAGCACUUUCCCCUUGGGGUCUCUGGGUGGGUUGGCAGAGAAGGAAGAAGAUGUGCCAGAGCAGCCAAAGACUAAUGCCACUGCUGAGGCAACAGCAGGUGACCCUCCCAAAGGGGAGCUGUCAUCUAUCACUAUUGAAUAAUUCAUGGUUUGGUUUCAUUUUUGUUCUUUGGAAAGUGCCUGUGUUUGGUCCUGUACAUUUUAAUUUAAUUUUUUUUUUUUAACAAAAAGUGGGGGAGAUUUUCCCUUUUUACUUUGUAAGCUACGCUUUAAACAGAAAACUGCAACAGAUGUUACAUUAUUUUUCAUGACUGAAUGAUCACUUCUGUGAAAAUAUUUAAGACUGAAUGCACAAAAAGACCUUGUCAGAACAUCAUGGAAGCUGUGAUACACUUCUAAAGAAGAACAACUGAUUCAGAUCACUUUAACUAUUUCUUCUUCCACAGUUAGAGCAGCUCAUUAAGUUUCUCGUGCUUCUGCAGACCCUCUGGUUAAGGGAAAGAAAUCAGAGGGAACCUUUUUACCAUGACAAACAAAACGAUGUAUUGGAAAUCAUUAUUGAACAGUUUUGACUGGUUUUGAGUGGAUGCUUUAAUCUUCUGCAUAAAAAAAUAUGACACUUCCCAUCUCUGUGCCUGCUGUUUUUCAAAGAGCUUACUGUAACCCUUUUCUUGGAAAUGGUAAGCAUUUUUGAAACUUAACAGCCACACACUUUUUCAAAACACCUCAUCCCUUUUCAUCUCAGAUGAAUCAGUUUUGACAAACCAAGUGAUGUCAUGCCAGGUAUAUUCCUACUUCUUAUAUUCCAGUCCUUUUAGAAACAUCUUGAUCAAAAGGCCUGUCCAGAUUUGCCCAUCUAAGGUUAGGCAUGGAAAUAACUGUGGUCAGGAAAAGUCCAGUGGUGCAUAACGAGUUGGGGAUGAUAGAAGAAGAUAUAUCCCUGCAAGCCUGACAAAUAUCUCAUGACUGUAUCUUUGGUGGGAAAAUGAAGGUAUUCCCAAACUGAAAAUCUUAAAUCCUGACCAGAUUAUUUGCAGUUCUGGUCACUUCCCUCUAAUCCUAUAGAUUGUAUUUUUAUUAAUCUCCAAAAGCUAGCUAGAGAGAGUUUACAGAUGGGAAAUAAUGGAACUCUUUUGUGCAUUAUUGCACAUUUUUUUUGUUUAUGCAUCUGCAUGUAUAGUUUCUGAAUUUUUUAUUGGUCUGUUUUGGACAAAACAAGCAAUUUCUUCUCUUUAGAGGCCAACUUUCUAACCCAACAGGGGGUUGUUUACAAAAAGCCUAUAUAGCAGUGAUGAAUUGUUCCUGCUUCAAAACAUUUUAAAUCCUUGCCAACUCAGUUUAUUAAAGGCCAUUACUCCAGCUCCAUACACAGCUCCAGAAAGCAAUAAGUUGAAAGAUUUUCAAUUUCAUUUUUCCAUAUUUAGAAAAAGCUGCAAAUUUGGGGAGGGGGGGAUUAUUCAGAGCAGUGAGUCUUGCUUUGGUGAGGCUGUUUGGGCUGUAGUGCUGCUUUGAAAUCUCAAUUAGGAAAUACAUUAGGAGGUUUGUGGGGUUUGGAAAUAUUUUUUUUUCAUUGCUUCUGAAGUUAACUCAGUGUUGGAUGCCAAAUGCCUGUUGCCAGCAGAUGACAUGCUGAGCAAGUUGGUAUUACUUGAUCUUAGUAUUUCAAAGGCAUGAUAUAUUCCCUUAGUUUUGAAUCCUGGUUGUUUUUUUUUAAUUACUGCUUUCUGUCUGGAUUUUUGGGUGGUUUUUUUAACAUGCAAACAUGAGGAGGAAAUGAAACCAGCAGAGAAAGGUUGCUCCUGAGGAAACAGGAGACACAAAAGUCAUAUUAUACUGCAAGAUCAAUUUGUAUUCAGUUAUCUUAGGUGGCUCUGAUACUCUGUAGGUCUGAGUUGUUUCUACUAAUAGCCAACUUUUGUCAGGAAAAAGGUUUCUUGCCCUUUGGAAAGAGCUUAAAGGGUUUCAGUGGCUCUUAACAUUUUUUCUCAGCUGUGUUUUAGGUUCAAAACGCACAUUUUAGUUAAAGAGAGUGAAAACAGUUGGGAUUUAAGGCCUUGCCAUGUUGCUGGAAUGAAGUUUCUCCACUUGAUCCAAGGUAACAAGUUCUCUGCUGCAGUUCAGACCUGGGUGUCUGCCUUUGCCAGUCUUCUUAAAAGGGCUUGAAGGAGAAAUUCUUUUUUUUAAGGGUGCUGUACUGUGAAUUGGCCCAGUGCCUGCUGCUGGGCUGAACUGAAAGACCAGUUCUCUCCCACUUUGGAUUUCUGGGAAGGCAGUGAGACAAGGCAAUGCCUUCUGCUGAGCUUUAUCCUGGAUUAUAGGGCUAUGACACUGCAAAUCAAAAAAUCCAGAAUUUUCUGGUUUUUCAGAGAAGUUUUACUUCACUUUGCAGGCACCUGAGAAUCCUUUGAGAUUCAGGUAUUAAAAAGUCCUCUAAUCUGUUAGAAUCUGAUCAUUCUCACCCAUUAGGUAUUUUGCUAAACAACUAAUUAGUGAGGAGGUCUUCAAAUAGCACAGACCUGUCUGGCUAUUGGAUCUUUAAGACUUGAAAUUUUGUAUCAGAAGGCAAAAACUGCUUUCUGAAUACCAAAGAGAAGCAGGAAAACAUUUGGAAGAUUUGGUAGCUCUAAUCUGUUCUUCCUUGAAAAGAAAUGAGAAUCAUUUUUAACUCUUAACACCUUGGUGCAAGGCACUCCAUGGGUUUGUUGUUCAUUUUGGUGUGUCACACAUUAUCUCUUCAGCCCUGUAAUCUCUGUGUGACAUCUUCAUUUACUUCUCACUUUUCAGUCUGAUUCUAAGGCAGGAACAGCAGAGUUCUUAGAUGAUUUUGCUUGUUUCAGGGUUGUCUUUACUUGUUCAUUUCCCUGUUUGUCACUGUUUCUUGCUACUAUCUCUUUUCUACAUGGAAGUAAACACAAAUUAAAUACAAAUACCACUGCAUUUCUCCUCCCUAACUGGUUGGAAGUGUUCAGUUCUUUGAAAUGCAGGUGUUUUUCACAGCAGAGAUGUGAAAACACAGUGCAUCUUAAAACAAUCUCUGUUGCUAAUAUGCUUAGAUUCCAAACUGAGCCAGAUAGAUCUAAGCUAGAAGAAAGUUGCCUUAAACUUCCCUUGGGAUUAAACCUAAUAAAUGGAUUUAUUUCAGUAAAUUAUCAGGGAGUUUUGAACUCUGGACUGCAUUAUUAUUUUUUCUUUUUUUUUUUUUCUUCUCCCCCACCAAAAAACCACUGACCAACCAAUCCCCUAUUUGGUCUGCAUUUAUAUUUCUGCUUGACAGGGAUCACAGAACAGCUGAGACUGGAAAGGGGCUCUGGAGCUGAUCUGAUCCAACCCCCAUGCUCAAAGCAGAGUCAGCAAGAACAGGAGGCUCAGUCCAUGAAUAUCCCCAAAGGUGGAGACUCCCCAGUUUCUCUGGAAUCCUGUCCCACUGCUUGACCACUCUUCACCAUAAGAAAGUUUUCAUAAGGUUAGAUCAGAUUUCUUUUAUUUCAGUUGUUGAACAAAACUCUGGCUCCAGUUUCUUUGCCCCCUCCUAACCAGCAGCUUUGCUGGGAGCUCUUUCAAGCCUUCUCCAGGUAACCCAGCCUGAUUGAUGCUCCCACCUUUCCCCAUCUUCCUGCCCCUUCAAGUUGUUCAGAAUUUCCACCAAAUAGCUACAGGCAUGACCCUACAUGUGUGAGGAGUUCCCUUGUCAAGCAAAUCAUCUCCAAACCCAUUCCCAAAGUGAUUUAUCUCUUGGUUUUGCUUCUCCUUCUCCCCCGUGGCACCAAUCUUUGCACUCGGUGGAAAACCCUUUCCUUUCCCAUUUCUUCUGCAAGCAGAGUGCCUUCACCACCCCAGAACUAGCAAGGUUCUGCUGGAUGCCAGGGACCCAGGUUCUCAGAGUCUGUGCAGGGUUGUUUCUCCUUGCAUAUUGUGUAGAGCAGUGUUUCUGAUGGGAAAGGAAGGGAUAGGGUUUUUUUUUUUCUGACUUCACACGGUGUUUUGGGAGGGUGGAAGAAAUUCCAUAGCCCCACAAAAGAGGAGAAGAGAAAUGUUUCAGCUGUGCAGGAGAUUUGGCCAAGUUGUAAGGGUUUGAUUUGUUUUUAUUGAUGCAGACACACAGCACAACUCCCCUGGGAAUCUCUGGGGAUGCCUGCACGUUCAGCAAACUUUAAAAAACUCCUUGUCAGAAGUGAGAGUGUUUGUCACUGUUCUGGGACCACAGGAGAGAAGAGGUGUUUUUCCUGGUGACUUGGCUGUCCUGCCACAGUCUGAGCUCACUUGUCAGGCUCGCAGAUGCAAUGCUCAGGUCUCUCAUACUGAGAGAUUAGCAGGCUAGGUCCUUGUAAAUGGUUCUGGGUUCACAUGUAUCUUGAGUCUAAAAGGUGUGAAUUUAAACUUUUUUAAAAAGUUAAUAGCUGCCAAUGCAGUAAAAUAUAUUUUCUAAGACUAGGAUCCCUAUAUGUCCCUUCCGGGAUAAAAUGUUAUUGUUUUUAAGUUUUUAUAUGAGGGCUUGAGUUACUUCUUGGUUGCUGGCUUUCCCCCCCCAGCCCCAGGAUGUAAGAGCACUGAGAGCAUUCCCAGGGUCUCCCUGAGACCAACCAAGAAAUAUUUGAUAUGCAAAACCAGAGGGGAGCCUUGUGCACCCUGCAGGGAUGGAGAGAAUGCAGAUGGGGGAGCACCUGUUGCUCCUGGAUCCAUUGCAACUCCCACACCAUCAGAAUAUGGAAAAGAGCUAAUUUUCAUUCAGAUUUUGAGUUUUGCUUAGCAGGUGAGACCCAGUUUUGGAGGGUUUUCACCUCCAAGGAUGGACAUAAUAAAUUCCAUAGCAUCUUGAUGACAGAGAAGAGGGUUCCAAGGCCACACGGUGCCUCAGCCACAUCAGAGGUCCCUGGUAAAUAGAGUCAAAAUGUUAGAGGAAAUGUACCAUAAAAAAAAAAACCCAACCAAAUGUGAUUUUUUUUUUUAAUGCAACAGUACUUACUGCUCUGGGUUUUUAUUAACUCAACGUGUGCUAUCACAGUAAUUCAGUGCCCCACAGGUCUCAACUACAAACCUGGUUGCACUAAAAAAAAAAACCAAACAAAAAAGUAUCAUAAAAAAUAGGUUUCUGGUGCUGCCAGCCUGUGUGGCAACUGUACCUGCAGUCUUCCUGAGGUUGCUGGAGUCCCCAGAAGAGUGAUUUUUGUUUAACCAUCUCUUUAGCUGCUGCAUGCUUUGGAUAUUCUGACUUUCAGCCCUGGCUACACCAAGUUCUUGGACAGCUUCUUUGCCCUGUUCCUGCAGUGCCUUCACUCUAGGUGCUGCCCUAUGGUGAGAACCCUUGAAGAGGAAAAGAAUAAGCUGGAGGGAAAAAAAAAUGUGAAUUAAAUUAUAUUGUUGGGCUUCUUUGUGCAUUUUAGUAACAGUGAAACCCCUUUAACUGUGCCAGUCUCUGGUCACCAGCUGUAUAUCCAGUUGUCAUCUCAUCCACAGUACAGCUUCUCUUGUUGCUGCUGGCCCCAGCUAGAUUACUUGGCAUGUUUCUUGACUUUAACAGACUUGUUUUUUGGUUUGGGUUUUGUUUUUUAAUGUAAACGAUGUUUAAAUACACUUCACAUUUUAUAUAAUACUAUCUGGCUAUUAGUAUUUUUCAGGAACCAUAGUUCUUGGUGGCUAUAUAUAUUUUUGUGACUUUUUUUGUAAACUAAGUGCCCGUUUCAACGUUACAAUCAUUUUUAGAGUUAUUGUAAUCAAUGUGAAUAUCAUGUUUUUUCAGAUCUGUUCUGAGCCUGUAGUGUUUGCUUUGUGAUCAUACUGUGUAAUGUAUAUAUUCUGUAUAGUUACAUUGUAUUGAAAUACUAGCUUGUUUGAUAUAAGAAAAGUAUGUAUUGGGUACCUUUUUGCUAGCCUGGUUGUUUAAUCUUUAAAAAAAAUGUUCUAAAAUGCAAAAAAAAAAAAAAAUCUCCAAAUUGGUCCCAUUAGAGGUCAAAAUUAAGGGGGAAGAAAAACUAGUUUUGAGUGUCUUUGGAUAGAAACAUGAAGCUAAGAUUUUUCAUUAAAAUAUUAAUGUUUUAUGGAGUA